CUCGAAAUAAAUUCAUUCCAAUCCCAAAGAAGUUUCGACAGGCACAACGCUCCUAUUUUCUUCCUCACAUUCUUUCACACUUUUCGAAUUGAUGCCGGCACAGUAGUAGGGUCGUAAUCAAGGAAGCGCAGGAGAUGAACGGCUUCGCGCAACAUGGCCUGGACGAGGAUGCCUUUGGGGAGAAGAGAGGCAAUAUUGUCCAGGCCUUUGAUGCUUUUCCCAAAGCAAAACCGCAAUAUGUAACCCGAACCUCGGGCGGUGGAAAAUGGACAGUUGCUAUGCUGGCAGUGUCCUUCCUCCUCAUAUUUUCUGAAUUCACACGCUGGUGGCGGGGUCACGAAACACAUACCUUCGCUGUCGAGAAAGGUGUAGGACACGACUUACAAAUCAACUUAGACAUGGUGGUACCGAUGAAAUGUGAAGACAUUCACAUCAACGUCCAAGAUGCGGCAGGCGACAGAAUUCUAGCAGGCGACAAAUUGAAGCGGGAUCCUACGAAUUGGAGACAAUGGGUAGAUAAUACAGGCAUUCACAGACUGGGAAAGGAUUCGGAAGGGAGAUUGAUUACUGGAGAGGGGUUCCAUGAGCACGAGGAAGGUUUUGGAGAGGAGCACGUUCAUGAUAUCGUUGCUAUGGCUGGAGGGAAGAGAGCCAAAUUCGCAAAAACACCAAAGUUGAAGAGGGGUCCUCCUGGUGGUGACAGCUGUCGUAUUUUCGGCAGCUUGGAUGUGAAUAAAGUCCAGGGAGACUUCCAUAUCACAGCCCGUGGCCAUGGGUACCAAGAAUUUGCUGCUGCUCAUUUGGAUCAUUCCCAAUUUAAUUUCUCUCACAUCCUCUCCGAGCUCUCGUUUGGCCAAUUCUACCCUUCGCUCCUCAACCCUCUCGACCGCACUAUUUCAACUACACCAAACCACUUUCACAAAUUUCAAUACUUCCUCUCGGUAGUACCUACUGUCUACUCAGUCGACUCAACCACUUAUGGUUCCCGAACAGUCUUCACCAACCAAUACGCCGUGACUGAGCAAUCACACAUUGUAGGAGAACGGGCCGUCCCAGGAAUUUUCUUCAAGUAUGAUAUUGAGCCUAUGUUGCUUACCGUCGAAGAGAGCAGAGAUAGCUUCCUAAGAUUCGUAGUAAAAGUGGUCAAUGUGUUUAGUGGGGUGUUGGUAGCUGGCCAUUGGGGCUUUACUUUGACCGAAUGGGCAACGAGUGUCUGGGGAAGGAGGCAGAGAAGGAAGAGUGAGGGCGUGCUUAACGGGAGAGCACAUGAAAAUGAUGAUUAAGUGUAAAUGUCUGCUGUCAUAUCUAGGCGUUCCGGAGAGCAUUUCAUGGGUCAUUUUUCAAGACAGACUUAUUUUCUCUUCCGCAUUUACCUCUCUGUGAUCUCGAAAUAGACACAUUGAACAUCAUCUGUGGCUAAUAUUUGGUAAAACCAUGCAUUUUUGGACAUCGGG